GUCCCGCCUGUCGCUUCUGACCGCAAAAAAGAAAAAAAAAGCGAAAAAAAAAGAAAGAGCGCGCCACCUACCAACAAGGAAGAGGAAAGGGCGAGGAGGAAGAAGCGGAGGAGAGAGAAACCCUAAUCGAAAUGGGCAAGCUUCUCUGCGACCCUUCCGCCGCCGCCGUCGCCGAGGCCCUGCCGCCGUCCCCAGCCCCGGCUCCGCCGCCGCCGCUCCUCGCCUGGUCCGCCCCGUCCCCGGUCCCCUCCCCCGAGCCUUCAACCUCGCCCACGGGCUGGGACGCGGUCUGGGCGCUCGAGGACCAGCAGCGCCGCCGCCUCCACCGGAUCUGGGAGCGCGGCGUCGCGUGGAAGCCCUCGUCGCCGGGCGCCGGCGAGGCUCUGGCUGCUGCGGCUGCGCCGGCGCCGGCGCCGGCCGUGGUCUUCCGCCUCGACCACGGCGGGGAGGUCGACGCCGAUGGCAACUGCCUCUUCACCGCCGCGCGGACGGCCGCCGCUGCCAAGGCCGACGCGCGCGAGCUCAGGCACCGCGCCGUGCGCCGGUUCGCCGAGGUCUACGCCGCCGCGGGGGAGGACGACAAGGCCGCCGUCGACGCCGCCGUCAGGCACCUCUACGCGCCGGAUCUCAAGGCCGGGUGGGGCGUCCACGUCGUGCAGGAGAUCAAGGUGCUCGUGCCCAAGGCACAGCGCGACGCGCUUGACGCCGCCAUCCAGGAGCUCGUUGAUCUCGGCAUCCAAAGCAUGUACAUGCUCAGCAUUCACAAGCACGGAUUGAUGCAAUCUUGUGGGCUUUGGCAUCAUGGAGAUGCAGGACAUUGCCUUACAAGGUGUCUGCGUUGUAUCCUUGAAAUAAAAAGGGAAAUAGCAGCUGAAACUAUCUACAAGGAAAGAUGCAUCACUGUAGACAAUGGUGAUAGUUGGACCAAGUACAUGUCCAUUUCUGGUUCUGCAGAGGAUGAGCAUGACAUUAUCACCCUGCAGUACACAGAGGAGGGGUUACUGACAAUAGAUGAGAACCGAGAUGGCCGUGCAGCUGCAUUUGGUGAUGAUAUUGCCAUUGAAUGCCUAGCAACUGAAUUCAAGAGAGAAGUUUACGUGGUGCAAGCUCAUGGGGCGGAUGCGAUGGUUGACGAGGAUAACUGCGUGUUCUUCCUCCCACAUCGUCCUAGAGGAGAAAUUUGUGAACCACCAAUUUUUCUUUUCAUGAAAGGAACAGCAUGGUGUGGUGCUGGUGCCGACCAUUAUGAGCCUUUGAUUGCCACUGUCCUCCAGCAUGUUACUCCAGAAAAGGCAGCUGUUGUCCUUUGAGAAUGACUGCAGUUUUUUUUUCACCCCCCAUAGUUUUUAGUUAGCGGCGGAGUUGAGACAAUUUUGUUAUUGGAGCUAGAGUGCUGAACUGAGGAGCAACAUCAAUGCCCAAGAGAUUAGAGAGACGGCCAAUCUGAGUAUCUGACUUUGUUGCAGGGUCUUGCCUGCUUAUGAAGCUGUGUACCGUAAUUCGCUGUUGUAUGGUGAUUUUGUUGUAUGUUUAUGAGUAGGUUCUGACUAGCGAGGGUAUUCUGAGUGGUAGAACGUCGAAUCUAGAUUUUUUGAGGGUAUGAUGUUGUUUGCCAUUGUUGGCCGGCAUUUUUGUAUUGCCUAUUGUGAGGAUUUUCGUUUUUCUGGCUGCCUGUUUCUAGGGACAUCAUGAUUGGACAUUCCGAAUGCAAUCAAUUCCUUUUUGGUGUUGGGUUAA